GGCAUGUUGGGCGCGCGGCUGAAGUCCUGGAUGGAAGCGCAGCUGGGGCGCGCCAAGAAGCGCAGCAAGCAGAAGCAGCGGCUUCCCGCCACCACCGGCCCGCUGCCCCCGCCCCACCUCUCCUCCCCCGAGAGCGCCUACAGCACCGGAUACUCCACCGAUGGCACGUCGCCCGGCGCGCCGCCCGCUACGCUCGCCGCUCCGCUUGUCGCUCCGCCACCGCCGCCAGCGCCGCCCACUACACACCUUUACCAUGAGCCAGCUAAGCGUCGAUCGAGCGUUGGAGUCCGGCGCCCGGUGCCCGAGCCACCCGUGGUGUGCAUGACCCCGUCUCCCCGGCCUCGCUGUCGGAUCCGCACCAACCCAUGGCACGGGGCCACGUCACCCAACCCCCGGCGGCGACCCCCGCAUCUUCUACAUCAGCAGUCGCUCCAGUGCCCGCAGCAGACGCCUCAGUUACACCACGCGCCGUACUCUUUGGACUCCCACCCUGCUAAGUUUAGCAACAGGUCACCGCACCUGUCGCCCCAUUUGUCACCACAACCUCGCUCUCGCUCUCCGUACUACCGCGAGGGAGCGAGUAGCGACGAGGAGUGCAGGGGCAUGCGCACGAGGGGGAGAGAGACGGCUAUACUAUCGGAUGCCGACAUAGAUUCUGAUGGGGAUACAGGGCUGGAUGGUGGGGAUGAGGACGAGCCUGAUGAGACUGCUUCGCCGGGACGAAGACGGGCGAGGAGGAGACGACCGACUCGACGACCACCGCGAUCAGCUGGAGCAACACCACCACGAGCUCGACGCCGGCACGCUCCAUCAGCCCCACCGGUCCGCGAGCGCGACCCGUUAUUGGAAGCCGACCGCGAGGCCGAACGCAAGUACCGCGAGCUCAUCCGCGAGGCCGAGAAACUGCUAGUCACCGUCUCGCGGGCUCCGCUCGAGCCACCGCACAAUCCUAGAGUUCGUGAGCUUAGGGCUACGGAGGUGGAAGCCCCCCGCCGCAGCCCCGAGCGCACGCACCUGACCAACUUCAUGCGCGCCAACUCGCCCGAGCCGCGCCGUCAGCCCCUCACCCCCGCGCGCCGCUCCCCGCUCGCCGCGCCGCCCCCGCUCCCGCCCCCGCCCCAGCCACGCCAAGCCCUCAGCCCCGACCGACCUCACUCCGAGCCGCCGAAGAGGAAGGCCUACCAGAGGGAUGAGGUCCUCCAAACACUAGAAGGGCUGCGCAAGAGUCUCCAGCAACAAUCAGCUCUGCUGGCUGUACAGCGCACCCGCCUCGACUCUCUAUAGCCUGCGAGGGUUGUGUGUUAACGUUUCUUCCCGUCCCUGCCAAACCUAUUGUAGACCUCUGUGUAGCCAUGUAGUCAAAUAGGCCGUUUACUUGUCACAUUCAACUUUAAAGUAGUUAAGUUUGACGUCAAUUG